CUUCAACUUCAAACCACCACCAUCGUUUCCUUCGUAGUUUUCCACUAUGUCGGGCAAGUUUGGUGACCUAAUAAACCAAAGUGCCAAUCUGCGGACGCUGGCGCCCGCAGCGGUUGGCUCCCAAGUUGCACUAAUGACGGUCAUUUCAACUUGUACUAUCAUUGUUUUCAACGUUCUUCGGCCUAGGAAUAAAAUUGUAUACGAGCCAAAGGUCAAAUAUCAUGGCGGCGACAAGAAACCUCCUCCCAUCUCCGACUCUCUCCUCGGCUGGGUGUCUCCGCUCUUACACACCAAAGAGCCGGUUCUCGUGGAGAAGAUAGGAUUGGACGCGGCCAUCUUCCUUCGCUUUCUCCGCAUGAUGCGCUGGCUCUUCACUGGUGUUGCUCUGCUUACAUGCGCCGCGCUUAUUCCGGUCAACGUCGUCUACAACCUACAGAACGUCAAUUCCGACGACCGAGACGCCCUUUCCAUGCUGACGAUUCGCGACCUCGACAGCAAAGUGCUUUUCGUCCAUGUUGCUGCCACCUACAUUAUCUGCUUCAUUGUUAUGGUCUCCAUCUGGAAGAACUGGAAGACUGUCCUCCUCCUCCGCAAGCAGUGGUUCCGCUCUCCGGAAUACAUUCAGUCUUUCUACGCGCGGACCCUGAUGAUCACCCAGGUCUCCAAGAAGUACCAGUCUGACGAAGGUCUGCGCGCAAUCUUCGAAAGUACGGGCGCGCCGUACCCAACCACCUCUGUGCACAUUGGUCGGCAUGUUGGCAAGCUGCCAGAGCUCAUCGAGUAUCACAACCAGGCCGUGCGUGAGCUCGAAGCUGUCCUCGUCCGGUAUUUGAAGGAUGGCAAGAUUGCUAAAGAGCGGCCUACGCGACGCCUCGGCGGCUUCAUGUGGUGCGGUGGACAGAAGGUUGAUGCUAUCGACUUCUUCACUGCCAAGCUUAAGAGGACCGAAAGCGCUGUCGAGGAAUAUCGAAAUCGGAUUGACACCCGCAAGGCUGAAAAUUAUGGUUUCGCGUCUAUGGGUGCUGUUUCCUACGCGCAUAUAGUCGCCAAUAUGCUCAGGAGGAAGCAUGUCAAGGGCACGUCAAUCACUUUAGCACCUAAUCCCAAGGACAUUAUUUGGGAGAACCUGAACAAGACUCCAAGUGAGAUCAGGGCCAAGAAGACGACGGGCUGGAUCUUCCUCGGUGUCGUUUGCUUCUUCAACACUAUUCCGCUGUUCGUUAUCUCUAUUCUUGCGAACUUGGCCUCGUUGACGUCUUUCGUCCACUUCCUGCAAGACUGGUCCACUGCGUCUCCAUGGUCGUUUACAUUCAUUUCUGGUGUACUGCCUCCGGCCGUCUCCGCUUUAUUUGGCUUCUUCUUUCCCAUCGUCGUGCGGUGGUUGUCACAGUACCAAGGCGCUCUGACGCAGUCAAGACUUGAUCGUGCCGUAAUCGCUCGAUAUUUCUCGUUCCUGCUUAUCUCCCAGCUCGUGGUUUUCACCUUGAUCGGUGUCCUGUUCAACUGUGUCAAGGAAAUUGUCCUUCAAGUCGGACAGCACCAGAGCUUUAAUGAAAUCUUGCAGAAUCUAGACAAGCUCCCUGGGAAUAUUCAAAAGACCUACAUCGACCAGGCGUCGUACUGGCUGACCUACUUCCCUCUGCGAGGCUUUUUGGUUCUCUUCGACCUUGCACAGAUACUCAAUCUCGUUUUGAUCUCCUUCAAGAAAUAUUUCUUAGGUCGUACGCCGCGGGAAAUCCGCGAUUGGACACAACCUGCUGACUUCCCGUAUGCUAUAUAUUUCUCUAACUUGCUAUUUAUGGCGACCGUAGGAUUUGUAUUCGCUCCAUUGGCGCCGCUUGUGGCUGUUGCCGCUGCCAUUGUCUUCUGGGUUAGCUCCUGGGUAUAUAAGUACCAGCUCAUGUUUGUAUUCGUAACUCGUGUGGAGACUGGCGGGCGCCUGUGGAACGUCGUCAUCAACCGUCUUCUAGUGGCGGUUAUGCUCAUGCAACUGCUCAUUACAUUGACUAUGGGUCUCCGUUUUGGCCUUCGGUCCUUGUUUUGGAUAGCGUCCCUCCCGCCUAUCUUCUUGAUCUUGGCUUUCAAAAUUUACUGCACUCGUGUUUUCAACCCUGAGUUCAGCUUCUAUAUUCCUACCGAGGAAGAGCUCCGCACAGCCCACGUGCAUUCUCAACGCGCCGAUAAUGCUAGCAACCGCCUUGGGAAGCGCUUCGGGCAUCCCGCGCUUCAUCAAGAACUGUUCACACCCAUGGUGCACGCGAACAUGACAGCUCUGCUUGCCGACGUCUAUAAGGGCAAGAUCAGCAACGAAGAGACCAAGCUCCAAGAAUACGGUGGAACAAGAGUCGACGCUCAAGUUGUGGCGGGCGGUGUCAGGAUUGCCGGCAUCGAACAGCACGAUUUGGAGUAUGAUCCCGUCAUGUACCAGCGUGAUCGGGGUGACGAAUGGGACACUCGCUCCAUUUCUUCCGCAACCACUCUGGUCGGCGGCAAAUCCGACUAUUCCGUUGCGGGUCGAGCGUCACCCGCACCAUCCAAGGUCAUUGGCUAUGAUCGUUAUCUGGCGCAGGGAUCCCAGCCGGAGAUCGAGAUGAGCCGACUCAAUGUUGAUCGGGUGCCUCUACUCACCGCACCACAAGCCCUGGGCCAGUUCGAUCCGACGGCCAGCAGGAGCAAUGUCAGCUUGUCAACGACUUAUUCUCGGUACAACACCCCUCCACUCGGGAGCUCGUCGGAAUUCCUUCCUCACGUCCCCCAGGUCUCUUCGGUUCCUGCAAUGCCUCUGGGUCAAGAUUACCGGGAGGCCUCACUCCACCGGCCAUAUCCCUCGGGUCGGCAAGCAUCCGGCAACGCGCCAUCAGAAGAAGCCAACAUGGCAGGCCGUGGGGCGUUCAGGAAUUACUGAAGGCCUGCAGAUACACUACUGUAGCGUUUCUUGUACUGGAUUGUGGUAUUGCUUUGGGUAUCCAGUUGCGGACUGCUCUGUACAAUCUAGUGACACUAUAUUAUACAUCAUGCAAUAUGUUAAACC